UCCUCAUUGGUCUCUAUGUGGCAGAAGGCGGAGGGAGAGCCGCCGAGCCCAGGUCGCGCGAGAGCGGCGCCCCGUCCUCAGGGCGCAGGCGCGCAGGAGUUGGCAGGGACUCCGGCCGAGGGCGGGCCAGAAGUCGCGUCGUUCGGCUCUGGACAGCGUCGCCGAGUCGUCUGGGUUCAACCGCUGGGCGGCCGAAAGCUUUUGUCAGGGGCCUGGGCGAGAACGAGGCCCGCGAGGUUCCCGAUGGUGUCCAUGACUUUCAAGCGGAGCCGCAGCGACCGGUUCUACAGCACCCGGUGCUGCGGCUGUUGCCAUGUCCGCACCGGGACCAUCAUCCUGGGGACCUGGUACAUGGUGGUCAACCUAUUGAUGGCAAUUUUGCUGACUGUGGAGGUGACUCAUCCAAACUCCAUGCCAGCUGUCAACAUUCAGUAUGAAGUCAUUGGUAAUUACUACUCAUCUGAGAGAAUGGCUGAUAACGCCUGUGUUCUUUUUGCCGUCUCCGUCCUUAUGUUUAUAAUCAGUUCAAUGCUGGUGUAUGGAGCAAUAUCUUACCAAGUGGGCUGGCUGAUUCCCUUCUUCUGCUACCGGCUGUUUGACUUCGUUCUCAGUUGUCUGGUGGCCGUCAGCUCUCUCACUUACUUGCCGAGAAUCAAGGAAUAUCUGGAUCAGCUACCUGAUUUCCCCUACAAAGAUGACCUCCUGGCUCUGGACUCCAGCUGCCUGCUGUUCAUUGUUCUUGUGUUCUUUGUGGUCUUUAUCAUUUUUAAGGCUUACCUCAUCAACUGUGUUUGGAACUGCUACAAGUACAUCAACAACAGAAACGUGCCGGAGAUUGCCGUGUACCCUGCCUUUGAAGCGUCUCCACAGUAUGUUUUGCCGACCUAUGAAAUGGCCGUGAAGAUGCCUGAGAAAGAGCCGCCGCCUCCUUACCUGCCUGCCUAGGACGUUCUGCCUUGUCAAUAAACCCUAUACCAGCUUCUUGUCUUGUUCAUUUUACAGAAAGCUGCAACGCGGGGCUCUCAAGACUUGUUUGAUAUAAAGUGCACUGUCUUGUCUGAGCAUUUAUUUUCAAACACUAAGGAGCUUUUGGACAUUUAUUAAAACCUUUUGUUAAGUAUCACAUUUUAGAGACUCUUGGAAGACAAUCUAGGUUAAGCAAGAGCAAAGUGCCAUUGUUAGCCUUUAACUGGGGGAGGGAGGGGAAGGGUAGUCUCCAUAUUUUCUUUUUUAACUUUGCACUUUCUUUGUAUAAUGGUUUGUGUUUCAGAUGUUUGAUGCCCUGGAUAUUUUCAGGAGAGUGAAUACAGUGUUUAGAAUGGAUGAGUUGGAUGUAAGAUCUGCAGUUUCCAGCUCUAUGAAACAGGAAAUGUAAUAGCAUUUUGACUUGUCCAUGGAAGAUGGUGGUUGCAUGCUUCUAAUUUGUAUGUUUCCAUCUUUGUGAUAAGAUGCUUUAAUAAACCUCUCAAAUUUUA